AUGGAUCGACUAAUCCGCGAACGGAAAUCGCUGGAACCGCGACUGAAACGUAUUUCGGAUACGGUGGAGAAAAUCAGGCCAGAAGCGGCCGAAGAAGUCGAUGUGCAAAUCGAACUAGACGCUUUAAGUGAGGUGUGGGCGGCCUUUUGUGCCGUGCAUAAGAAGAUUCUGGAUGUGAGUGAGGAAGAAGAAGCGUAUGCUGAUGCAGUGCACCGCCAAGGAAAGUUUGAAGCAUGCUACAUGUCGCUGAAAAACCGUUUAUUAAAAAUGCUAAAGGUAGUGAAGGAUCGCGAUAGUGCUGCUUCUCAACAAGUUCCGCAGAAUGACGUCAUCAGGCAGCUUGCGGAUCAGCAGGCCGAGUUUCUUCGGAUAAUGUCUUCCCACAUGGCCGCCGGCUCCAGCUCUUCUGCCGUCGUACACAGCAACGCCGCCGCAUCCCCUCUCUCGGAUCUUAAGUUGCCUCGGAUGAAUAUGCCCGUUUUCAGCGGAAAUUAUCUGGAAUGGCAAUCGUUCUACGAUUUGUUCGACAGCUUGAUCGAGGAUGCCAACUACCAACCGGCACUGACGAAGCUGAAAUCCAGGUACGAUAAGCCACGUGAGAUCGCUAAUCAGCAUAUUAAGCGGUUUCUAGCGCAGCCAACGCUGACAUCCCCCUCUUCUCACGGCUUGCGAUCGCUCCACGACGUGUCGGACGAGGUUAUUCGUGCCCUCCAUGCCAUGAAUAGGGAAGACCGUGACACGUGGCUCCUCUUCAUCUUGAGCGAAAAGGUGGAUCCAGAUACGAAGCAAUUGUGGUGUCAAAAGAUGGCGGAAAUGGAUGAAGCAAACAUCGAUCUUCAGUGCUUCCUCAAGUUCGUCGAGUCUCGCAGUUUUGCUCUGCAAUCUGUUCAACCAGUUCGCCCGAAAUCCAGCGUGCCCUUCAAGCCACCUUCAAGGGCUCAACCUCAGUCCCGAGGUGCUACCGCAUUCGUCGCCACGAACCCUCCGUUUUGCAACGUCUGCAACAAACCAAACCACCAUCUCUACCAAUGUGGUAAGUUCAUUCACAUGAACCACGACGAUCGACUCGCUCACGUAAAUAGGAUGAAGCUGUGCAACAAUUGCCUGAAAGUACAUCCCGGUGAGAGCUGCAAAUCAGGAACCUGCAGGAAAUGCAACUUACCUCACCACACCUUAUUGCACCCACCGUCGUCAUCAGCAAGCCCACAACCAGCACCAUCAUCGUCGGUCAUGGCCCCUGCAAAUUCAGGAUCAUCAGCACAGUCCUUGAUUUCGGCCCUCGACUCACCAUCCUGCCUCGAUGCGUCUAGCGUCCUACUCGCCACCGUUGCCAUCAAUGUGCUGGACAGCCAAGGACGGCCACACGCCUGUCGUGCCGUUUUGGAUUGCGCGUCCCAAGUCAGCUUUAUCAGCGAUGAUUUUAGCAAGCGGCUCGGCCUCAAAACAGUAGCCGCCAACAUGGACCUCGAAGGCAUCUCCUCCACACCAGCGCACGCUGACAAGUGUGCCGAAAUCAUCAUCUCCUCUCGCUGCACGGAUUAUCGAACCUCCGUAUCGUGUAUGGUUUUGCCGAAAAUCACCAAAAUGCUUCCUUGCAAGCCAGCGAACAUCGACGGUUGGCCCAUUCCAGGAGCAAUACACUUGGCAGAUCCUCUGUUCCAUCGCCCGGGUAAGGUAGAAGUUCUACUGGGAAUGGAAUUAUUCUUUCAGUUGCUCGAGCCCGGCAAAAUCGCCCUCAGUAUCGACGACAGCCUACCCACACUUCAAAACACCAAACUCGGCUGGGUGGUCGCUGGUCGGUACCACGAAUCGAACACUUCGGUUGGAUCUCACGUUUCAACCUGCCUGUUGACUUCCACCGAUGACGAUCUCUCGCAGCAGGUACGCAAAUUUUGGGAGCUAGAAGAAUACGCUACAGCAUCCAACCAUCUCACCGAAGAAGAACAGCGAUGCGAGCAGCACUUCGCCGAGCACACCGUUCGUGAUAAGGCAGGGAAGUUCAUCGUUCGUCUCCCAUUUCGUCUCGACCCUAAUAAGCUUGGUGAGUCUAGGCCAAUGGCGGAGAAACGUUUGCUCCACAUAGAGAGAAAGCUCGACCGUAACCCAAAGCUCAAAAGUGAGUAUCAUGAGUUCAUCCGUGAGUACAUCGAUCUCGGUCACAUGUCACUCGUUGAAGAUGCCUCUCCCUCAAGCAAGUCUGUAUAUCUUCCACACCACUGUGUGGUAAAAUCAUCGAGUUCGACUACCAAAUGCCGAGUCGUUUUCGAUGCGUCGGCUAAGACUACCAGUGGGUUCUCUUUGAAUGAUGUACUCAUGUGUGGCCCCGUUGUUCAAGACUCGUUGAUUAAUAUUUUGAUCCGAUUUCGCCUCCCAUCUAUCGUGCUGGUUGGUGAAGCAAAACAAAUGUAUCGCAUGGUAUGGGUGAACGAGCUUGAUCGUGACUUUCUCAAAAUUCUGUGGAGGUGGGACAAGGACGAGGAGAUUAGGGAGUAUCGUCUGAAUACCGUCACCUUUGGGACUAAAAGCGCAUCCUAUUUGGCCACGAAAUGCGUUCAAGAGCUCCUAGGAUCAUACCGGCAACAAUAUCCGGCAGCAGUUGAGAAGGCGGAAAAAGGGAUCUACGUUGAUGAUGUACUCACCGGAGCAUCGUCUGAAGAAGAAGCAAGGCUACUACGAGAACAACUCACCGAAAUGUUUGCGUCCGGCGGAUUCCAUCUCCGGAAAUGGGCCUCGAACAGUGCUGCAGUAUUAGAAGGAGUUCCUGAUGCAGAUUUGGAGGUGAAGAUCCCGAUCGAAGAGAACGGAAGCUGUACUAUCAAGGCCCUCGGAAUGCAAUGGCAGCCGUGCAGUGACGAGCUCCAUUUCUCCUACCAACCUACCGAGAUCCUUCAGCCCACAAAACGCAACAUCCUAUCGCAAAUCGCCAGCCUAUUCGACCCGCUCGGCCUUCUUGCACCGAUCAUCGUGAAGGCAAAGCUGGUGAUGCAGCGAAUGUGGGAGCUGAAGGUGGCCUGGGAUGCAACUCCCCCCGGUGAGUUAACAAACGAUUGGUUAGUAUUGGUGCAAAAGUUCUCGCUUCUCAACUCGUUUCAGAUUCCCCGCCAUGUGAUUGACAUGCGCAGCUGGACUCGUCUCUACCUGCACGGCUACUGCGACGCAUCCGAUGUGGCCAUGGGCGCUUGUAUCUACAUUCGGGCUGUCGACAACGAUGGAAAUUCUUCCUCGCAUCUUCUCUGUGCCAAAUCGAAGCUGGCACCCAUCGGCAACGGCAGAACCACCACACCCCGGCUUGAGUUGUGUGCAGCAGUUAUUCUCGCGCGAUUGAUCUCCAACGUGAGAGCUGCUCUGUCGGCAACGGACUUCUACGAGGUGCGAGCGUUCUCCGAUUCCAAAGUCGUCCUGGCAUGGCUGGCCGGCGGGGCUGCAAGGUGGAAGACAUUUGUGGCGAACCGUGUUGCAGAGAUUUCCACACAUCUACCCUCUAUCAACUGGAGUCAUGUAGGCACUCUCCACAAUCCGGCAGAUAUGAUCUCUCGAGGUGCCUUUCCCGAACAGCUUCAUCAAAACACUCUCUGGUGGCAUGGGCCAACCUGGGAUCCAUCGGAGACCGACAACGAAUCAGCCCCGAACGACAAUCUCGACGAUAUCGAGCAACGGCAGCUAGACAGAGAGCAGCGAACCGCAGCUGUGGUAUGCUUCACGGUCUACGAAAAUCGUUUUUUGGAUGAUAUGAUGGCUCGGUACUACCCGAAUCUACAGCUCCUUCUCCGUAUCACCGCUCGCAUUCUUCGUUUCGGACACCCUGAGUUCCGAUGCUCUCCACGACUCUCUCCAGCUGAGAUAAACUUUGCUUUGGGGAAGUACCUGCAACACACACAACAACAACAUUUCCCCAGCGAGCUCAGCCGACUAGAAAGAGGUCUCACCGUCGAGCGAAGCAGCCCACUACAUCAACUCAAUCCAUUUCUGGACGAAAACGGUGUCGUUAGGGUGGGCGGAAGGCUGCAGCAAUCGGACUUGAGCUACGACAACAAGCAUCCGAUCUUGCUGCCCCGUCACUCAAUAUUGACCUCGCUUAUUCUUCUGCACGAUCAUCAAGAGCAUCUCCACUGUGGCCCUCAGUCAUUGCUAGCCGCCACUCGAACUCGGUACUGGAUACUACGCGGGAGCAGCGCUGCUCGAAAGGUUUGUCGCGAUUGUGUGAAGUGCAACCGAGCCAAAGCACCCCGGAUUACGCAACAAAUGGGACAGUUACCAGCGGACCGUUUGAAACCUCUUCCACCGUUCACCAUCACGGGCGUUGAUUACGCCGGCCCUGUGAGCAUCGUUGGACGAAGAACUCGUGGGGCUGUACCAUCGAAAGGCUACGUUGCACUGUUUGUUUGCUUCGGAACGCGGGCGGUGCAUCUGGAGGCAGUUUCCGACCUGAGUGCAUCGGCUUUCCUCGCUGCCUUCACCCGGUUCACCAGUCGGUACGGAGUCCCCAGCAAGAUGUAUUCCGACAACGCCACGAAUCUCCGGUCAGCGGCCAGAACCCUUCGUGAACUCUACCAACAGAUCGAGGCGACCGAACACAGCGACGAGGUCAACGACUUUCUCACCGACAGACGUGUAGAAUGGCUGUUCAUACCCGCGCGAUCUCCUCACCACGGUGGAUUGUGGGAGGCUGGAAUCAAGGUGGCGAAGGGAUUCCUCAGCAAAAUCGGAGGUAACUAUAACUACACUUUUGAGGAAUUAAGCACUCUCCUCGCUCAGGUAGCUGCGUGUAUGAAUUCGCGUCCGAUUUCUGCAAUUUCGGAUGACCCCGCGGAUCCUCAACCACUCACGCCCGCGCACUUCCUGAUCGGGCGUCCUCUCGAUGCCCUCCCGGAGGUCAACCAUCUGGAGCAGCAAAUAAGUUCCUUGUCAAGGUGGAACUACGUUCAGCGAGUCGCCCAGGAUUUUCGCGCUCGGUGGCAAUCCGAGUACGUGCUUGCACUCCAACGACUAGUGAAAUGGCAGGCCUCAUCCCCAAACGUUUCGGUAGGCGAUUUCGUUCUACUGGUCGACGACAACGAGAAGCCACAACAGUGGCCCCUAGGACGUAUUCAGGAGAUUUUCCCCGGGACCGACGGACGUGUUCGAGUAGUGUCGGUCAAGACUGCCAAGGGUGUUUUUCGCCGGGACGUUAGGGGCUGUCCAUAA